AUGAGCGAAGUAUCUCAGUGCGGGGCCUGUGGCACUCUCACUAUGAUGUCAUACUGCCCGAAAUGUGAUCAUCCAACGCACUUGUACGCACCGCAGCUCCAACAGGGGCAUUUAUCGAACAAUUCAUCCUUUUUGAAACAAGGAUUAUCAGGGCAACAAUCACAAAACGAUACGCCUAAGAAAAAUCACGUCCUACACAGCAGCUCUGUGGGGAUACACAUUAUCCCCAAAUACGAUGAUGAGCAUGAGGAUACCUCAAAGAAGGCGUUAACGCUUGAAGAACUUGAAAAACUUUACCGCGACAACAAUAAUAGCCGACGCGAUGUACUAAUUGCAGCUCAACAAGAUGAAAUCAACACGUUAAGAAAAGAACGUGAUGAGCUCUUUUACGAAAAAGAGACGUUGGAAAAGCAAAUUGAUGAACUUCACCAACAGUUUCAAACAGGGAGGAAGCAAGUGCUAAAAUCUGAUAAUGAGUUUCUACAUUCGGAGGAAAACAAUGAAAUGGGAAAAGCUCAACAGGAUCUUCUUGCAGAGCUAAAAGAAGAAAUAAAUGACUCAAAAGAACAGAUUGAAUCACUGGCACAACGCUUAAAAGAAGCCAAUAAUGACAUCAUUGCUUCAAAGCACCAAGAACGAAUGGUAAAAGAGAUCUUUGAAGAAGGAAAACAAGAGAUUGAACGUCUUCAGAAAGAAAAUAAUCAACUAACAGAAAAUCUUAAUGAUAUUCAACAAAUCCUGCAGCUAGCAAAACAGGCCAAAGAAAAGGCAGAAGACGAAAACAAUAAACUUCUGCAGGAAAAUCUCAGUAAUGAAAAAAAGGCACAACAAUUACAGCAACAAUACAAUGAACUCUUACAAGCUAUGAAUAACUACCAACAAAAUGAAAUUAAUAGUGUCAGACAUAUCGAAGACAUAAAAGAACAAAAUGAGAGACUUCUGCAAGAAAGCAAAGCACAAAGCGAAUCCCUACGUCAGCUAGAGAAUGAAAACCAGGGACUACAGGCAGAGAUUGGUGAGCUAAAGAAUGAAAACCAAAAACUUCAGGAAGAAAAGGGCGAGCUACAGAAGGAACUCCAAGCAGAGAAUGGUCAGCUACAGCAGGAAAACCAGGGACUGCAGGCAGAGAAUGGUGAGCUAAAGAAUGAAAACCAGGGACUGCAGGCAGAGAAUGGUGAGCUGAAGAAGGAAAACCAAAAACUUCAGGAAGAGAAUGGUGAGCUGAAGAAGGAAAACCAAAAACUUCAGGAAGAAAAGGGCGAGCUACAGAAGGAACUCCAAACAGACAAUGGUCAGCUACAGCAGGAAAACCAGGGACUGCAGGCAGAUAUUGGUGAGCUAAAGAAAGAUGUCCAGAAGAUUCAGGAAGAGAAUGACGAGCUAAAUACGGAACUGCAUAAACUUCAGGCAGAGAAUGUUGAGCAGCAGAAAGGAAACCUGAAGCUUCAGAAAGAAAAUGUUGAGCUAAAGAAGGAAAACCUGAAGCUUCAGAACGAAGACAGAGAGCGGAAGAAGGAAAACCUAAAGCUUCAAAAAGAAAAUGCUGAGCUAAACAAGAAUACGCAGAAGCUCCAAAGAGAAAACGUUGAGCUGAAGCAGGAUAUACCAAAGGUUCAAAAAGAAAAUGGGGAGCUAAAGAAGGAAAACCAGAAACUUCAGAAGGAAAUUGGUCAGGUACAGAAUGACAUGAAGAAGUUUCAGGCAGAG